GCCGUGCGUUCAUUACCGAAAACGUUCGCCCAGCGUAUCUUGACCUACAGCGAACUACUUAUUGAACGAUUCGUCCGCCUCAAACGUUUUCAAGAUGGCGGACACUGACGAACUAACGGCGUUGCUCCUUGAUGAAAUAACAAAUGAUGACAUUUAUGAUCAAGCUAUGCUAAUUCAAAACAGUUUAAUUGAUAUUUCAGUUACUGUUGCAGGACUUGUGGAAGAAGUGCAAGAGAAAGAGGAAUCUGUCAGAAUUGAAGGAUAUGUUGAAGAAAUUAUACCAUUGUAUUCAGCAAUUGACUUUAAAGCUCACUUCCGUAUGAGCAGAACAACAUUUGAGGAGUUGUGCAUGCAAGUGUCACCAUUAAUGAAUCAAGAGCGAACAGUUACAGUGGAUAAAAAACUUUUAGCAACACUUUGGAUCCUAGCCAAUCCAGAAAGUUAUAGAAGUGUUGCUGACAGAUUUGGAAUGAGUAAAGGUUCUUUACAUCUGAUAGUGAUAUCUACUUGUCACUCAAUAUCUGAGCUGAUGGAGGAGUAUAUAUGUUUUCCAUCCACCAGAAGAGAAAUGGAGGCUAUAGCAGAUGGCUUCAGACAGCGAAGUGGUAUGCCUGGGGUCGUAGGAGCCAUCGAUGGAACACAUGUUUCAGUUCCUGCACCCAGGUCGGUUCACAGAGCAGCCUUCAUCAACAGAAAAGGCCAGUCAAGCAUGGUUGUGCAACUAAUAUGUGAUAGCACCUUAAGAUUAUUGGAUGUUUACACAGGAUGGCCAGGGUCUGUUCAUGAUGCCCGAGUAUACAGAAACAGUCCAGUAUCACACAAAAUAGAUGACCUGCCAGAUGAAUUUCACCUACUAGGCGAUUCAGCUUACCCAAUCAGUAAAGGAAUGUUGGUGCCAUUUAGGGAUAAUGGUCAUCUAGAUACAGUUCAGAAGAAAUUCAAUGCAUGCCAUACCUCAACAAGGGUAGAUGUUGAAAGGGCUAUAGGGCUGCUGAAAUGCAAAUUUCGAAGGCUGAAGCAUCUGGAAAUGCACUUGGAGCAGGAGAUACCUGUAGUGAUAGGGAGUUGCUGUGUUUUACACAACUUUAUUUUAAAAUAUGAAACUGUUGAUGUUGAUGAUAUUGAUGACAUAGACACAUUGCAAGCACAAGAGGCUCCUACUGAUAGAGGACGAGACCGUAUGGCUGGGGAGGACAAGAGAAUGUCUAUAGCAUUAUCCCUAUAGAUUGAAAUUGUGAUAUAGAUCAAAGUGUGAAAUGUAUAGAUGCCAAAAAACUACAUAACUUGUGAAUAGUGCAGAUUUAAACUUUUAGAGUAUGUGUGCUAAAUAAAUGUUUCAUCCAUGGUUUGAAUAUUCUGAGCAACAUUUGCUAAGGUUUAGUGUUCAUGUAAUUAUAUGCCUUAUAAAUGUUUGUGCUGUCUUGUUCUGUACAAUAUUUAUAGUUAGCUGCUUAUUAUAAUUCAUAUAAUAAUAAAACAGACAUAUUCCCAUCUCAUAAAACAGUUGAAGCAAAAUAUGUGUUUAUUUUCCUUUCAAUUUUAACGAGACUGCACAUUGUAUGUUCCCUUUUGAAGUUUUGUAAAAAAUGAUGUCAAAAUUUCUUCUAGUGUAUCUGACAUCAGCAGAUACAUACCAAUUUCAAUCAAUAUUUGGACAGUUCAUUUUUAGCUCACCUGUCACAAAGUGACAUGAGUUUUUUUGAUCGCUUUUCUUCAGGCGUCCAUAAACUUUUACUUGUAACAACAUCUGCUCAUAAACCACUUAGCCAAUUUCAUCCAAACUUCACAGGAAUCUUCCUUUGGUAGUCAACUUUAAAAAUUGUUCAAAGAACUUAAUUCCAUGCAGAGCUUAAAUAUUUGGCAUGAAAGAUCUAAAUAUCUAUAUACAGGUGAGCGAUUUCAUGGCCCUCUUGUUUAUUAGCCAGGCUAGGGCUAUAUGUGAUAUGAUAUAUG